AUUCCAAGAGAAUAAUCACAAUCUUCUCAGUUCCUCCACCGAGAUGCGGACAAAGAUGGCAUUGCGCGUGCCGCAGAUGCGUCCAGCCUUGGAGAGACCCGAGGUGCCACAAGAGACAAGCUCACCACAUCGGAAGGGAGUGGAACCGCGUUCUUGGGGUGGGAUAGCAUCCAUCAUGUUCCAGCAGCAGCAGCCGCCGCCGCAGCCGCAGCCGCAGCCGCAGCGCCAGCAGCAGCAGGAGGACGUGAUGUCGUCGGCGACGUCGUCGCCGGCGUCCACGCUGUACUCUCCCACGCCGUACGCUUUCGCGGGGACGUCGGUGCAGGAGCUGAGCUCGGACCAGUGCAGCGUGCGCCUCAUCAGCCUGCUGUACCAGUGCGCCUCCGAGGUGGCCGCCGGCGAGUUCGACCGCGCUAACCUCUGCCUGGAGCACAUCAUGCAGCUCGCGUCGCUGGACGCGCCUCACACGCUUCAGCGCCUCGCCGCCGUCUUCGCGGACGCGCUGGCCUGCAAGCUGCUCAAGCUCCUGCCGGGGCUCUCGCGGGCGCUCCUGUCGUCGUCGAGCUCCGACGACGCCCACCUCGUCCCGGCCGCGCGCCGCCACAUGUUCGACAUGCUCCCGUUCCUCAAGCUCGCGUACCUGACCACCAACCACGCCAUCCUCGAGGCCAUGGAGGGCGAGCGGUUCGUCCACGUCGUCGACCUCUCCGGCCCUGCCGCCAACCCCGCGCAGUGGAUCGCGCUGUUCCACGCGUUCCGCGGCCGGCGCGACGGCACGCCAAAUCUCCGCAUCACCGCCGUCCAUGAGAGCAAGGAGUUCCUGGCUGGCAUGUCCGCCGUGCUCGUCAGGGAGGCCGAGGCGUUCGACAUCCCGUUCCAGUUCAACGCCGUGGAAGCGAGGCUCGAGGACAUGGACUUCGACGCGCUCCGACACAACCUCCGCGUCAGGUCCGGCGAGGCGCUCGCGGUGAGCGUGGCGCUGCAGCUGCACCGCCUCCUCGCGGCCGACGACACCGGAGGCAAGCGGCAGGGCGGCCUCACCCCGCUCCAGAUCAUCGCGCGGUCCAGCCCGAGCAGCUUCGGGGAGCUCCUGGAGCGGGAACUGAACACGCGGCUACAGCUGAGCCCCGACGCGUCCGCGUUCUCCUCCAUGUCGCCGCAGUCCCCGAUAGGCGGCCACUUCCCCGCGGGAGGGCAGCAGAGGCCCAAGAUCGGGUCCUUCCUGUCGGCGGUGAAGGCGCUGUCUCCCAAGAUCAUGGUGGUGACGGAGCAGGAGGCGAACCACAACGGGGCGGCGUUCCACGAGAGGUUCGACGAGGCGCUCAACUACUACGCGUCGCUGUUCGACUGCCUGGAGCGCGCGGCGGCGGCGCAGCGGGGCAGCGCGGCGGCGGAGCGGGCGCGGGUGGAGCGGUCGGUGCUGGGGGAGGAGAUCAGGAGCAUCGUGGCGUGCGAGGGCGGGGAGCGGAAGGAGCGGCACGAGCGGGCGCGGCAGUGGGCGGGGAGGAUGGAGGCGGCGGGGAUGGAGCGGGUGGGGCUGAGCUACAGCGGCGCCAUGGAGGCGAGGAAGCUGCUGCAGAGGAGCGGGUGGGGCGGGUACGAGGUGAGGCACGACGCCGAGGGGCACUGCUUCUUCCUCUGCUGGCACAAGAAGCCGCUGUACGCCGUCACCGCGUGGAGGCCGGCGGGGUACCACCACUCCGGCGGCGCCAGGUCCAGGUGAUGGAUGAGUGGAGCGUGUCUCCUUCUCGUGUGCCGCAUGUACCCUGCUGUCUCUCUCUAAUUCAGGCGUGUUAAUUUGACUGUGGAUUGGACUGGAUGAACAGUUUUUCUUUUCUUUUUUUGAAAAAAGCGACUGGGAUGAACAGCUUGUUCUACCGAGUUUGCCACAGGAGUACAGGUACAGCGCUAAAAAAAAAGCUUUAAAAUCCAGGUGAAUAUUUUGGGCCUCC